GUUUGUAUUAGCCAUUAUCACAAUAAAUGUAUUGUAAUUUGUCAGAUAUCUGUAUCUUAGAGGUAUCGAGAGCCGGGUUGUCGAUGCAGGAAUCUCGAGGGAGGGGCUGAACGCCGCACGUUCUUUAAAUCCGGCAGCUGCUGCUGGUUCUCCCGAAUGUAAAUACGCCUCCAUCCUGCACACUCUCUUCUCUCCUCUUCAUCUUUUGGCAAAAUAUCUCCAUCACUACUUAUCAACACUAAAAUGGCGCCUUUUACUCUCAAGUGGGGAAUUGUAGCUACCGGAGGCAUUGCCGAGCAAUUCAUCAAAGAUUUGAUCGCCGACCCUGCCCUCCGGGGUGUUUCCGACGUCGCUCACCUGCCCGUGGCUGUUGCCUCUCGCUCAGUCGAAAAGGCGCAGGCUUUCAUCGACGCACAAGUUCCCGCCGACCUACGCUCCAAGGUCACGCCCUACGGAUCCUACGAAGAGCUCUACAAAGACCCGGCCGUCGACGUCGUCUACGUCGCCAGCCCGUCUGCGUUCCACUACAAAAACUCGUUGGAUGCCCUGCGCGCGGGCAAGAACGUGCUGUGCGAGAAGCCGUUCACCGUCAACGCGAAGCAGGCUAAACAUCUCCAGCAUGUUGCAAAGGAGAGCAACCUAUUUUUGAUGGAAGCCGUCUGGACUCGCUUCUUCCCGCUCGUCAAGACUUUCACAAAGCUGCUUCACGAGGACAAAGUGAUUGGCAGAGUGCACAGAGUGUUUUCUGACUUCUCCGUCUGGUUCGAUCCCAAGACCCGUCCCACUUACUACGACCCCAACACCGGCGGCGGCGCACUGCUCGACCUCGGCGUGUACAUGAACUUGUGGACUCUUCUGACCUGCUACCACCAUCCCGACAACAAACUCUCUCCUCCGGACGUCAUCAAGGCCGUGCAGUUCCGCUCGGCAGUCAAUCGCGGUGUCGACGAGUCAACCUCCGUGAUCACUUCCUGGGAGAAACCCCAGAUCGUCUGCAUCGGCACCGCAUCGAUGAUGAUCGACACCCCUCCAGAGUGCGUCGUCAGAGUCCAGGGCACGAAGGGUCAGAUUAUUAUUCCGAUCCACGGCUCGCGACCGGAGAAGAUCCUUGUUCGUCUUGACGACGGAGCGACGCGGGAGUACAACUUCCCGAUUCCAGGACAGGGAUUGUUUUGGGAGGCCGAUGCUGUCGCUAGAGAUAUCAGGGACGGGAAGAAGGAGGAGGCCUUGUAUCCUCUAAGCGAGAGUGUGUUUGCCAUGGAGCUGAUGGAUGAGAUCCGGCGACAGAACGAGCUCGUGUUUCCUGCUAAUGUUGAAUACUGUGAGGACUUUUAGAGUCUUUUUGUGCUUUCAUCUUCUGUCUCAAUAAAAUUAUCGACAUCAAAGCUCAAGCAGAUUAAACUCAGUAAGAAAUGAAGGAGGCAGAGAAGGCCGGCUCUAUGCAUCGCUCCCAGCUCUUAGCUUAGACUCAACAUAUAAGCAUCA